AUGUACGUUAAUGAAAAUGACAAAAGGUUACACUCCACAAAAAAUAAACAAUCAUGUGACGUCCAUUCAUGUCAAACAACAAAAAAUAACCAGGUGAAAACUCACCGAAAAUCUCAUUCUAUCACAAACUAUUUAUCUAGGCAUCAUGAAGAUGAUCAUGAUGACGAAGAUGAAACAUCGCUAGACUCAGAUGGUAACGGCAUACCGGAUUAUAUGGAAGAUGAAAAUGGCGAUGGUAUUCCGGACUACCUAGAAGAUGAUGAUAAUGAUGGCAUUCCAGAUCAUUUGGAAAGUGAUUCAGACGGAGACGGUAUUCCAGAUUAUAUGGAAGAUGAUGAUGGAGAUGGAAUACCAAACUACUUAGAAGACGAAGAUGAAAAUGGCAUUCCAGAUUACCUGGAAAAUAGUAAAGAGAUCAAAAAUCAAGGUAAGUAUAAAAUAAACGAACGUCCAGCUCGAAAACAUAAAAAUAAAGAAAUACGUACAAAUGACAAUAAAAAAAAUAUAAAAAGAAACGGAAAAAACAACAAUAAAAAAAUUCACAGUCAACAACGCUGCUCACACCAUGACCAUCUAGAAGACGAUUCUCAUGCUGACGGUAUCCCUGACCACCAGGAGGAUGAGGAUGGUGACGGAAUUCCAGACUACCUGGAAGACGAUGAUGGGGACGGUAUUCCCAAUUAUCUCGAAACGAGUCACCUCAAGAGAGCAAGCAAAUUACCGAAACAUAUCGACAGGGACGGUGAUGGAAUUCCAGACCAUCUAGAGGGUGAUUCUGAUGGUGACGGUAUCCCUGACCACCAGGAGGAUGAGGAUGGUGACGGAAUUCCAGACUACCUGGAAGACGAUGAUGGGGACGGUAUUCCCAAUUAUCUCGAAACGAGUCACCUCAAGAGAGCAAGCAAAUUACCGAAACAUAUCGACAGGGACGGUGAUGGAAUUCCAGACCAUCUAGAGGGUGAUUCUGAUGGUGACGGUAUCCCUGACCACCAGGAGGAUGAGGAUGGUGACGGAAUUCCAGACUACCUGGAAGACGAUGAUGGGGACGGUAUUCCCAAUUAUCUCGAAACGAGUCACCUCAAGAGAGCAAGCAAAUUACCGAAACAUAUCGACAGGGACGGUGAUGGAAUUCCAGACCAUCUAGAGGGUGAUUCUGAUGGUGACGGUAUCCCUGACCACCAGGAGGAUGAGGAUGGUGACGGAAUUCCAGACUACCUGGAAGACGAUGAUGGGGACGGUAUUCCCAAUUAUCUCGAAACGAGUCACCUCAAGAGAGCAAGCAAAUUACCGAAACAUAUCGACAGGGACGGUGAUGGAAUUCCAGACCAUCUAGAGGGUGAUUCUGAUGGUGACGGUAUCCCUGACCACCAGGAGGAUGAGGAUGGUGACGGAAUUCCAGACUACCUGGAAGACGAUGAUGGGGACGGUAUUCCCAAUUAUCUCGAAACGAGUCACCUCAAGAGAGCAAGCAAAUUACCGAAACAUAUCGACAGGGACGGUGAUGGAAUUCCAGACCAUCUAGAGGGUGAUUCUGAUGGUGACGGUAUCCCUGACCACCAGGAGGAUGAGGAUGGUGACGGAAUUCCAGACUACCUGGAAGACGAUGAUGGGGACGGUAUUCCCAAUUAUCUCGAAACGAGUCACCUCAAGAGAGCAAGCAAAUUACCGAAACAUAUCGACAGGGACGGUGAUGGAAUUCCAGACCAUCUAGAGGGUGAUUCUGAUGGUGACGGUAUCCCUGACCACCAGGAGGAUGAGGAUGGUGACGGAAUUCCAGACUACCUGGAAGACGAUGAUGGGGACGGUAUUCCCAAUUAUCUCGAAACGAGUCACCUCAAGAGAGCAAGCAAAUUACCGAAACAUAUCGACAGGGACGGUGAUGGAAUUCCAGACCAUCUAGAGGGUGAUUCUGAUGGUGACGGUAUCCCUGACCACCAGGAGGAUGAGGAUGGUGACGGAAUUCCAGACUACCUGGAAGACGAUGAUGGGGACGGUAUUCCCAAUUAUCUCGAAACGAGUCACCUCAAGAGAGCAAGCAAAUUACCGAAACAUAUCGACAGGGACGGUGAUGGAAUUCCAGACCAUCUAGAGGGUGAUUCUGAUGGUGACGGUAUCCCUGACCACCAGGAGGAUGAGGAUGGUGACGGAAUUCCAGACUACCUGGAAGACGAUGAUGGGGACGGUAUUCCCAAUUAUCUCGAAACGAGUCACCUCAAGAGAGCAAGCAAAUUACCGAAACAUAUCGACAGGGACGGUGAUGGAAUUCCAGACCAUCUAGAGGGUGAUUCUGAUGGUGACGGUAUCCCUGACCACCAGGAGGAUGAGGAUGGUGACGGAAUUCCAGACUACCUGGAAGACGAUGAUGGGGACGGUAUUCCCAAUUAUCUCGAAACGAGUCACCUCAAGAGAGCAAGCAAAUUACCGAAACAUAUCGACAGGGACGGUGAUGGAAUUCCAGACCAUCUAGAGGGUGAUUCUGAUGGUGACGGUAUCCCUGACCACCAGGAGGAUGAGGAUGGUGACGGAAUUCCAGACUACCUGGAAGACGAUGAUGGGGACGGUAUUCCCAAUUAUCUCGAAACGAGUCACCUCAAGAGAGCAAGCAAAUUACCGAAACAUAUCGACAGGGACGGUGAUGGAAUUCCAGACCAUCUAGAGGGUGAUUCUGAUGGUGACGGUAUCCCUGACCACCAGGAGGAUGAGGAUGGUGACGGAAUUCCAGACUACCUGGAAGACGAUGAUGGGGACGGUAUUCCCAAUUAUCUCGAAACGAGUCACCUCAAGAGAGCAAGCAAAUUACCGAAACAUAUCGACAGGGACGGUGAUGGAAUUCCAGACCAUCUAGAGGGUGAUUCUGAUGGUGACGGUAUCCCUGACCACCAGGAGGAUGAGGAUGGUGACGGAAUUCCAGACUACCUGGAAGACGAUGAUGGGGACGGUAUUCCCAAUUAUCUCGAAACGAGUCACCUCAAGAGAGCAAGCAAAUUACCGAAACAUAUCGACAGGGACGGUGAUGGAAUUCCAGACCAUCUAGAGGGUGAUUCUGAUGGUGACGGUAUCCCUGACCACCAGGAGGAUGAGGAUGGUGACGGAAUUCCAGACUACCUGGAAGACGAUGAUGGGGACGGUAUUCCCAAUUAUCUCGAAACGAGUCACCUCAAGAGAGCAAGCAAAUUACCGAAACAUAUCGACAGGGACGGUGAUGGAAUUCCAGACCAUCUAGAGGGUGAUUCUGAUGGUGACGGUAUCCCUGACCACCAGGAGGAUGAGGAUGGUGACGGAAUUCCAGACUACCUGGAAGACGAUGAUGGGGACGGUAUUCCCAAUUAUCUCGAAACGAGUCACCUCAAGAGAGCAAGCAAAUUACCGAAACAUAUCGACAGGGACGGUGAUGGAAUUCCAGACCAUCUAGAGGGUGAUUCUGAUGGUGACGGUAUCCCUGACCACCAGGAGGAUGAGGAUGGUGACGGAAUUCCAGACUACCUGGAAGACGAUGAUGGGGACGGUAUUCCCAAUUAUCUCGAAACGAGUCACCUCAAGAGAGCAAGCAAAUUACCGAAACAUAUCGACAGGGACGGUGAUGGAAUUCCAGACCAUCUAGAGGGUGAUUCUGAUGGUGACGGUAUCCCUGACCACCAGGAGGAUGAGGAUGGUGACGGAAUUCCAGACUACCUGGAAGACGAUGAUGGGGACGGUAUUCCCAAUUAUCUCGAAACGAGUCACCUCAAGAGAGCAAGCAAAUUACCGAAACAUAUCGACAGGGACGGUGAUGGAAUUCCAGACCAUCUAGAGGGUGAUUCUGAUGGUGACGGUAUCCCUGACCACCAGGAGGAUGAGGAUGGUGACGGAAUUCCAGACUACCUGGAAGACGAUGAUGGGGACGGUAUUCCCAAUUAUCUCGAAACGAGUCACCUCAAGAGAGCAAGCAAAUUACCGAAACAUAUCGACAGGGACGGUGAUGGAAUUCCAGACCAUCUAGAGGGUGAUUCUGAUGGUGACGGUAUCCCUGACCACCAGGAGGAUGAGGAUGGUGACGGAAUUCCAGACUACCUGGAAGACGAUGAUGGGGACGGUAUUCCCAAUUAUCUCGAAACGAGUCACCUCAAGAGAGCAAGCAAAUUACCGAAACAUAUCGACAGGGACGGUGAUGGAAUUCCAGACCAUCUAGAGGGUGAUUCUGAUGGUGACGGUAUCCCUGACCACCAGGAGGAUGAGGAUGGUGACGGAAUUCCAGACUACCUGGAAGACGAUGAUGGGGACGGUAUUCCCAAUUAUCUCGAAACGAGUCACCUCAAGAGAGCAAGCAAAUUACCGAAACAUAUCGACAGGGACGGUGAUGGAAUUCCAGACCAUCUAGAGGGUGAUUCUGAUGGUGACGGUAUCCCUGACCACCAGGAGGAUGAGGAUGGUGACGGAAUUCCAGACUACCUGGAAGACGAUGAUGGGGACGGUAUUCCCAAUUAUCUCGAAACGAGUCACCUCAAGAGAGCAAGCAAAUUACCGAAACAUAUCGACAGGGACGGUGAUGGAAUUCCAGACCAUCUAGAGGGUGAUUCUGAUGGUGACGGUAUCCCUGACCACCAGGAGGAUGAGGAUGGUGACGGAAUUCCAGACUACCUGGAAGACGAUGAUGGGGACGGUAUUCCCAAUUAUCUCGAAACGAGUCACCUCAAGAGAGCAAGCAAAUUACCGAAACAUAUCGACAGGGACGGUGAUGGAAUUCCAGACCAUCUAGAGGGUGAUUCUGAUGGUGACGGUAUCCCUGACCACCAGGAGGAUGAGGAUGGUGACGGAAUUCCAGACUACCUGGAAGACGAUGAUGGGGACGGUAUUCCCAAUUAUCUCGAAACGAGUCACCUCAAGAGAGCAAGCAAAUUACCGAAACAUAUCGACAGGGACGGUGAUGGAAUUCCAGACCAUCUAGAGGGUGAUUCUGAUGGUGACGGUAUCCCUGACCACCAGGAGGAUGAGGAUGGUGACGGAAUUCCAGACUACCUGGAAGACGAUGAUGGGGACGGUAUUCCCAAUUAUCUCGAAACGAGUCACCUCAAGAGAGCAAGCAAAUUACCGAAACAUAUCGACAGGGACGGUGAUGGAAUUCCAGACCAUCUAGAGGGUGAUUCUGAUGGUGACGGUAUCCCUGACCACCAGGAGGAUGAGGAUGGUGACGGAAUUCCAGACUACCUGGAAGACGAUGAUGGGGACGGUAUCCCAAAUUAUUUUGAAAAUAAUGGUGCUGCAUCAAUUUAUUUAAAUUUUUUGCGGAAAUCGAUCAUGAAUUUCAAGUCGUCGGAUUCAAAGGACAAUGUUAUUCAUGAUUACCUGCGUGGUGACUCUGAUGGUGAUGGUGUUGCUGACUAUCUAAAAGAUAGUGAUAAUGACGGAGUACUAGAUUUUAUGGAAGAUGAUGAUGAUGAAACACCAAACUAUAUAGAUGUUGAUUCUACAGGACAAUCUUUGCAACAUACAAUUUCGUAUAAGAAGCACUACGAUUUCAAUAAAAAUGGCAUACCAGAUGACUUGGAAAGUGAUCAGGAUGGAGAUGGCAUCCUUGACUUCAUGGAAGAUUCUGAUGACGAUGGUAUUCCAGAUUAUCUAGAGGAUUCAGAUAAUGAUGGAUUCCCAAACUAUUUAGAUGAUACAUUUAACUCCAAACGUGAUAUCCAUUUAAAAUUUGAAGAUAAAAAUAAGAAUGGGAUACCGGAUCAUUUAGAACGUGAUUCUGACUAUGACGGAGUUCUUGACUACUUAGAAGAUUCUGAUAGAGAUGGUAUACCAGACUAUUUAGAAGAUACUGAUGCAGAUGGUACACCAGAUUACAUGGAUGAAGAUGCUGUUACACAAUUUUCUCCGAGAAAAAUACGCCAUCGUGGCAGCGGUCGAAAAUUUGCUGAUGCUGAUAGAGAUGGUAUACCAGAUCAUUUAGAAGGUGAUAUUAAUCAAAACAAUAUCAUUGACUAUUUAGAAGAUUUGGAUAAUAACAGUAUACCGGAUUAUCUUGAAGAUUCUGACAAAGAUGGUAUACCAGACUAUUUAGACGAAGAUGCUAAUACAAAAUUUUCACCCAAAGUAUUAAGAUCAUUAAAACCAGCCAGACAUUAUGCUGAUAUAGACGGUGAUUACAUACCAGACCAUUUGGAAGAAGAUAAUGAUGGUGAUGGAAUUCCAGACUACCAAGAAGAUUCUGAUUCGAAUGGUAUCCCAGAUUAUUUAGAAGAUAGUGAUGGUGAUGGUAUACCGGAUUACAUAGAUGAGGAUGCUACGACACAGUUUUCACCGAAAAAAUAUCGUGAAUUACGUUCUUCUAUGAAAUUUGAAGAUGAAGACGGUGAUGGUAUACCAGAUCAUUUACAAGGUGAUUCCGAUGGUGAUGGAAUUUUAGAUUUUCUUGAAGAUAGCGAUGGUGAUGGGUUACCAGAUUAUUUAGAAGAUGCUGACGGUGAUGGUAUUCCAGAUUAUUUAGAUGAAGACGCAAAUAGUCAAUUUUCACCGAAACAUUUCACUGACAAAAAUAAAGAUGGUAUACCGGAUCAUUUAGAAGGUGAUUCAGACGGUGAUGGUACACCGGAUUAUCUUGAAGAUACUGAUCAAGAUGGUGUCCCAGAUUAUUUAGAAGAUUCCGAUAAUGAUGGUAUACCGAAUUAUUUAGAUAAUGAUGUUGUUGAUGUGGAAGUUGAAGCAGUUAUUGAAGCGUAUGAUAAAGAUACUAACAAUAAUGGGAUGGCAGAUUAUUUAGAAGAUUGGGACGGUGAUGGUAUACCAAAUUAUCUUGAAGAUGAAGAUCAUGAUGGUAUUGUAGACUUCUUGGAUAAACAAGACAAUCGUUUAUUAAGACGAUUAACCAAAAAUAAGAAAUCAAAAUUUCAAAAUCCAAAUGAUAAAAAUGCCAAUUUUAUACCAGAUCAUGUAGAGGAUGAUUUAGAUGGUAAUGGAAUUCCAGAAUUUAAACAAGAUUCUGACGGUGAUGGUAUACCGGACUACUUAGAUGAAGAUUAUUUUCAUCACUUCCUAAAGGAGUCAAAAAAACACACUAAAAAGAAAAAAAAAGAAAGUAAAAAAUCUUCGAGUAAAAUCAAAGCCGUCCCUGGGAUCCCAGACAGUUUGGAUCAUGAUGCAAAUAGUGAUGGUGCACUGAAAGAGAAAGUUGCCGAUCGAAAUAACAACGGGGUACCAGAUAAUCUAGAGAUGAAAGACUCUGAUAAUGAUGGAAUUCCCGAUGAUCAAGACGAUGACGACGAUAAUGAUGGUAUCAAGGAUUAUCAUGAAGAUCGAAAUGGUAAUCAGAUGUUGGAUAUUCUUGAAGCAAAAGAUACAGAUGGUGAUGGCAUUCCUGAUUAUCUAGAUGACGACGAUGAUGGGGACGGUAUACCUGAUUGCGAUGACGAUGAUGACGAUGGUGAUGGUAUAUUAGACAUUGAUGAAGACGAAAACAGGAAUAAAAUUCCUGACCAUUUAGAAACCGAAGACACUGAUGGGGACGGAAUUAUUGAUCUACUUGAUACAGAUGAUGAUAACGAUAAUAUACCAGACCACUUAGAUAGUGAUUCCGAUGGAGAUGGUAUUGACGAUAAAAAGCAAGACAGAAAUCGUCAUAAAACUACUAAUCCAAAAGAAACUGUCAAGAAAAAUAGAGAAACCAAAACGACGGUUCAUUCACCUUCACCUAAAUCUCAACUACCAGGACAUUCAAAAAGCAAAUCACUACCUAAAAAGACAACAGAAGAUUAUGAUAAUGAAGACAGUGAAAAAACUGAUGAUGAUUAUGACAACAAGAAACUAUCUAAAAUGAAAGACAGUGGUAUCAAUAGUGAUAAUGAUGAUGACGAUGAUGAUGAUAACGAUGAAGACGAAGAUGACGCCGAUGGAGCAGAUGAUGGCAAACCUAUGACGAAAACUAGGUCUAUAGUUUUGUCUAUAUUAAAACGAAUCGAAAACAUCUUUGGUGUUGAAGAUGAUGAUGGUGAUCAUGAUGCUGAAGAGGAUGAUUCACAUGAAGAAAUUCAUGAUCAUUAAAAUGUUAUUUUAUCCUCAUUUUUAUACUAAAGAGAUUUCAUAUGAUUUUAUCAAAACUAAAGUUGUUUUAGAACCAUUAAGUAGUACAACCAACCAUUACUACUAAUUCUCAUGACUUAGUUUGCAUCGGUUGAAUAUACUAGCUCAAUUGACAAAACUAUUGUUUUGAUGUAUGAUAAUGCGCAGUUCUGUACCUUACCAUUUUUUUUUCGUUUUAAAGAUAUUCUUACAUACUAACUAAAUCCUUAGAAUAAUACUCUCACACAAUAGCUUUACUUUUCAUCCACUCAGUCUCUUUGUUCUCCCUCUUCAACCCUUCUUUAUUGCUUCAUUUUCGAAUCAGUUAAACUAUCCAUCUUGUAACUUAUCCAAUUUCUUCUUGUUUUUUUAUUUGCUUUAGUGGAAAUAGAAAGAAUUGAACAGGAAAACAACAAACAAGUACACAAAAGAGACUAGAUUAGAAAAUAACAAGAAAUAUGGAAAAUCAAUAGAAUAGAGUUAUAUACAACGUUGAUUUUCCAGCUCUUUUGUUCUGAUCAAGUAAUUUUGCAUUUUCGUUGAUUACACACACACAAACUAAACACAUGUUUUAAUGGUACUACUACUACUACCACCGCCUUUCUUUCAACUACUAUGAAUUAGUUAUUCAUUCAUCAACUGUAAUAAACUCUUUGUGAAUGUUUAUUCCUUGUUUUCUUUCGGUUUUUCAGUUUCACUUCUUCAUCAUCCACUAUUUUUCGUUCGUAUACAGUAGAAAUAUUCUGAAAACCCUAUCUCCCUACAUAUACUGUUUUUAUUUUUCUGUCUUCAACUUUCAAUUUAAAUUAAAUAUAGACACAUUUAAACAAACAAGCAAAUUACAGCACAGAAAUUAAAUAUUAUUUAGUUGAGUUUACUUAUUUUCCUUUAGCAUGUUUUCGUUAAUAAAAUUUACUGGUUUUCUUUUG